AUGAAGUUUCCAGCGUUCUGGAAGCCAACAGAGCCUCACAAUACUCUUGUUACACAUUAUCCUCUAAUUCCUUCCCUAAAAACUUACGAAUGGAGAUGUAUAUUGGAACAUGACGUUUGUUACGAAGCUAGCAUCUUUGACAGGAUGGUCAUGGAGCUCGUGUACCAUCCUGAACGGACUAGUAGUGUAAUUAUGCGAACGGACAUUUUACGCGACUCUCAAAAUGAUUCUAUUUUACAUGAAGGAUCCGAGAAUGUCCUUAACAGCGGCAGUUACCAAGUCGACCGCAAGAUAUACCGUCGAAUUAUCCCUCGAAAUCAACAAUUGGAUGCUUGUAUGGAGCAGGAAACUAUUUUGUUGAAGGGAGAAACCGAUAAAAACAAAAGGCUCUUACUAUACUUACCAAAACUUGAUUUAUCUUUGGAACAACCUUACGAUCAUUUACCCUAUUACCACCCAGCAGUUGCUGGAGUUGCUUUGGAAUACACUUCUACCAAAAUUCGUGUCGCUUAUUUAUUAAAUACAGAACACCAAAAAGAACUGCCAACGAGACUUCAAAGAACUGCUAAUAUGCUGUUGAUGGUUUUACACAAACAUUGCAAGGGUACUGUGGAAGGGUAUGAAAAACGAAUGCUGCAUGACACGGUAGUCGAAAGAAAUAAAUUUCAAGAUACGUACGUGGAACUCAAGAAAAAAUACUCAAAACAACUAAUAGAAGGCUGGGUUGAAAAAACGGAUCCGAGGAAGCACGUUUUUGAAGAUUUGGGAAUCGCAACAUUUUUGAUAGAGCUUUGGAAGCAAAUGUAUCCAUCGAAACAGUCAUUCACUUUUGUUGACAUUGGAUGCGGAAAUGGGCUUUUAGUGCAUAUUCUUCUUUCGGAGGGCUAUCUGGGCUAUGGUUUUGAUGCUCGUGAAAGAAAAUCGUGGAAAUUAUAUCCUGAUUACGUUCAGAAGAAUUUGUCUGAAAAAGUAUUGGUACCAUUCUUCCUGAAAGAUCUUGAGGAUCAGCCACUGCCAUUUAUACCUGUUGAGAGUUUUACGACUCAUGAUGGAAGGUUUCCUGUAAAUUCAUUCAUAAUUGGUAAUCAUGCAGACGAGUUAACUCCUUAUAUUCCGAUAUUGGCCCGUUUGAACAAAAACUCUUCCUUCAUAUCAAUACCGUGCUGCGUUCAUGAUUUAACGGGAGCGAAGAUAUCUUGGUCCCUUCCGAAGCCCAGGGACAAAAAGCACGGUGGGCGAUAUGCCAUGUACAUAGAAUGGAUUCGUCAACUUUCCGAACGCUUUGACUGGAAAGUUGAAAUUGAACCUUUACGAAUUCCCAGUACCAGAAAUUAUGCCUUGAUUGGACGAUCUUUACAACAAAUCACUUCGUCGAAAGAUGCAGAUUAUUCUCCUGAUACUCUAAAAAAAAUAAUAGACGAAAAUCAUGGAGCUUCAGGGUUUUUACAACAUGCUAUGCAGGUAGCAACGUCAAAUUCAAGAUCUCAUUGA